AUGUCGUUGCCAUACGUCGUUUCUGUGGUAGGAAACGCUAUGAAACAACGUGCUCCAUUUAAAAGUCUGAUUCUGACUAAUAUGAAACAGUGUGUUUCGAAUGUCGGACUCAGAAAUACAAAUAGAUUAUGUAGAUGUGAAACAACUAAUUUUUAUGCAACACAUGUUCGCGAUAAACGUCUCUCCUUGAAUUCCUCUGACUCUGACUUGCAGGCGAACUCCUUCGAGUCCUUUCGUUGUUAUUCACUGGACAGUGCAGAAUUUGACAGAGAACAAGCCGAAAACGAGAAACUGCCAGACAGUCACGGUCCAGUUCGAAUGACAAUAACAGAAGAAGGCAAGCUUCAAGUCAAUACAACAGUUAAUGAUGUUGUUAACAAUAAUAAUAAUAAUAAUUUGGAGAAGUCAGUAAAAUCCAAGCUAAAGGAAUUAAUUAAUGAAAAUCAAAUUGAAUGUGCGACAGAAUUUCUUGAAUUAACUGUCAAAUUGUUAAUAAAAAAACUUAGUAGAAAUGGCUCUGUGGAAAGUCUUCUGCAUUUGCAACAUUUUCUUUUGGACAAUAACCUUUACAGUUGCAAUGAAAUACAUUUCUUGAAAAGUUUAAGGACUGUCUUUCAUGAAAGUGGCAGAAUUAAAGAUGCUAUACACUAUUUACGAACUUUAUGUAAAAAUAACCAAGAUUAUUCAAAGUUUCAGAAUAUUUUUAUGUGUCUAACACCCAUGAUUUUAAAGAAAUUUCCCCAAUUUCAAAGUGACAUAGUUUCAAUUGUGAACGAAUAUAAAGUCUCGCGGUUUCCCCAACUUGAAAGGGAAUUGUGGAAAUGCUUCAUUCUUUCUGAGAACUUCAAGGAAGCUGAGAAUUAUAUGAAAGAAAUCCAGAACAUAAAAGGAGACUUGCCAAAGUUAUUCGAGGAUAUAAAUUCUAUCAUUAGAAACUCAAAUGGAAUUGAAGAUCAAGAACAAGUUAGGAGAUAUUUACUAAUAGCUGGAGAAGAUUGGGGGCUGAAAAAGUGGUUUUUAUUGGUAAUCUAUGAGAAUUAUCUUGUUAGUUUGUGUGAGUAA